AUGACUGGACAGGAGCCAGCAGUCGCACGAGUUCCAGUCGAAUUAUGGAAGAAGAUUCUGUCGACCGCCGUCGCCGUCGGUUUCUCUCCGGCACUCGAAGACGGGUUGAUAGAGAAUAUGAGCGUCUUCUCUGACGAAUGUACCGUCGUGUCGACCUACAAGGUUGCAGAGCAGACUUUGAACCGACUUCGACGUGUCUGUCACUCGUGGAACGAGUUUCUCCUCGAUUUCAUCAAUAAAGGGAGCUUUGUCACCUGCGUCCCCGCGUAUUGGCAUCGUCCAGAGGAAUGGCCUUCCUCGAACCGGUUGUCCAAGGCUCGGCGCAUUCAAAUUGUACACACGUAUGAAUGCCUGUGCGACACCCCAUGUUAUCUCUCCCUUCGAUGGCGCAGAGAGCACUCGCUCGCACACUCGCCUUCAGAGGUAGGCGGACUCGAACGAAUCUAUUCGUCGGCGGACGGUCCGCUCGCCGUGACCAGUCUUCAUGGUGCGCUAUACGAGUUUGAUUUUGCAGACUCGAGGAAGAUGAUGCCGAAUCUUCGCAUCUUGUCCUUGCGGCGUGAUCGAACGGCUGCGAGUGCUCUUCCGAUGCGCCAGUUGUCGGAAGCCUAUCCUCGCCUUACGCAUCUCGAAGUGUUGGACGUUGGACCAGAUACAUUUGAUCCGGGCCUCGAUCUUCCAUCUCUCACGACACUUUCAUUACAACCCAACCGUACGCCGACCGUGCUCUACACUCGUUGGGGGGACCCACGCAUCUGGAAUCUUCCAUCGCUGCGCUACCUCUUUAUCAAGGGAAUCUAUACUUCCCACUUUAUUACAUCUCAUAUAGAACCACUUCUACGCGCAACGGGCUCGCAACUCCGUGGCCUCUCGAUCGCGCGCGACCUUGCACACUUUUCCGGACGGAUUGGGUUCGAGUUCCCUGAUACAAUCUGGGAGCAAUGUCCAAACCUCGAGUGUAUUGGUGGGACUGCACUCUCUUUAUUGCACAUGCCCGUCCCCCCACGUACCGUGCCCGUGCGCACCGUAUUUCUCAAUGCCAUUUUUGGCGUCGACUGGAUGCCGAAUACUACAGAAAUCAAAGUGCGAGAAACGCCGGAUAUUGUCGCGGCUGUCGCAAAGAGGUGGCCCAACGUCGAAUCCUUUCAACUCCAGAUAACCUGGGACCGCUUCUUGCUCAAGUUUUUCCACAAACCAAAGCAACAUCGGGCCGAGUGGAUCAAUUUCCUUGUGCCGUUUGGCCUGUUCCAGAGGCGACAUGGAUGUCCGUUGAGGGAUGUGAAUGGGGUAGCGUUUGAUGAUGACAAGGUGUAUUGGGUGCGGCAAAAGGUUCAGAUGGAAGCCGUCAUUCUCGCCCAGACGUUGCCCACUACGUCGUGGACAAAUGUCUUGUCGCCUGGGAGCUCGAGGGUAAUGUGA